AUGCCGGCUGGCUGGGCCGCAAUGCUGCGCAAGGCGGGCAUAUCUGUACGCGAACAGCAACAACACAUAGAGGUGAUUUGGAACGCGCUGGAAAUCUGCACCACCAACAAGUCCACUGGGACGGUCAAGUACAUGAAUGACCUAUCCAUCAAUACCAGUACGUUUUAUACCCGUGACUUCUAA